UUCAAUUUUUAUUCCCACCUCAUACAAAUCCUUUUAUAUUACAAAAAAGCGCCCUCCCAUUUUCUUUUCUUUCCAUUCGUUUGUUAGAUUCGCAGCAUUUUAAAGGGGGGAGAAAAACUAGGGUUAGGGUUUGAGAGAGAACGAAAAUGAGAGAAAUAAUUAGUAUUCACAUAGGGCAGGCUGGGAUCCAAGUGGGGAAUUCUUGCUGGGAAUUGUACUGCCUCGAGCAUGGGAUUCAGCCGGACGGGAUGAUGCCUAGUGAUACAUCGGUUGGUGUUGCCCAUGAUGCCUUCAAUACCUUCUUCAGCGAGACUGGUGCAGGCAAGCAUGUCCCAAGAGCUAUCUUUGUAGAUCUUGAGCCUACUGUCAUUGACGAAGUUAGAACUGGAACUUACCGCCAGCUCUUUCACCCUGAGCAGCUCAUCUCUGGCAAAGAAGACGCUGCCAACAACUUUGCUCGUGGACAUUACACUGUUGGGAAGGAGAUUGUAGAUCUGUGUCUCGAUCGCGUUAGAAAACUAGCAGACAAUUGCACUGGUUUGCAAGGAUUCUUGGUUUUCAAUGCUGUUGGUGGUGGUACUGGAUCUGGUUUAGGCUCCUUGCUGCUGGAAAGGCUUUCAGUUGAUUAUGGGAAAAAAUCGAAGCUUGGUUUUACCAUCUAUCCUUCACCUCAGGUUUCUACAGCAGUUGUGGAACCCUACAACAGUGUUCUUUCUACACACUCCUUGCUCGAACAUACAGACGUCUCAGUUCUUUUGGAUAAUGAGGCCAUAUACGACAUUUGCCGUAGAUCUCUAGACAUCGAAAGGCCAACUUACACCAAUUUGAACCGCUUGAUAUCUCAGAUCAUCUCCUCCUUGACCACUUCGCUUAGGUUUGAUGGCGCUAUCAAUGUUGAUAUAACAGAAUUCCAAACAAACCUUGUACCAUAUCCUAGGAUCCAUUUCAUGCUUUCCUCUUAUGCGCCUGUUAUCUCUGCUGAGAAAGCAUAUCAUGAGCAGCUUUCGGUUCCUGAAAUCACAAAUGCUGUCUUUGAGCCUUCAAGCAUGAUGGCAAAGUGUGACCCGAGACAUGGGAAGUACAUGGCCUGUUGUUUGAUGUAUCGUGGGGAUGUUGUGCCCAAGGAUGUUAAUGCAGCAGUUGCAACUAUUAAAACCAAGAGGACUGUCCAAUUCGUGGACUGGUGUCCGACUGGUUUCAAGUGUGGAAUCAACUAUCAGCCACCAACUGUGGUUCCUGGCGGUGAUCUCGCAAAGGUACAACGUGCUGUCUGCAUGAUCAGCAACAACACCGCGGUAGCCGAAGUGUUCUCACGUAUCGACCACAAGUUCGACCUCAUGUACGCAAAGCGCGCCUUUGUGCACUGGUACGUGGGUGAAGGUAUGGAAGAAGGGGAGUUCUCAGAGGCAAGAGAAGAUCUGGCUGCCCUUGAGAAGGACUAUGAAGAAGUUGGAGCAGAGGGUGCUGAUGAUGAUGGUGAAGAGGGAGAAGAUUACUAGAUUGUUGGGAGUUUUUCAGUUUGGGAUUUGCUUGUGGUCUCAUAUUAUUUUCCUCCUUUUUGUUGUUGAUCUGCAUUUUGUUAUAGUUCAUUGUUAACUUUUGUAAUGUUCUCGUGAAUUCAGAUGUUUGUUCUCCGAAGUUUCUGAUUGAAAGAUACUGGCUUAGUGCUUCUCGA